UCUAUAGCGGCUCUUUUUUUUUUUUUCGCGGGCGGCCCUCAUAAUCGUUGCUACGGCUUACAACUACAGAUAAAUAAAACUUUUAACGUCUACAAUUUUAAAACUCUCCAAAUUUGAUCAAACCGACCGAAUUCAACCCAAAAUACUACUCUUUUAGCAAAACGGAUUGACACAUCCUAUAUUAUAUGGGCUAAUGGGCUGACAAUAUAACUCAGCCCAAUAGGCUUAAAACUGACACACCGUCUUUUCUCUUCACACUCAUCUUCUUCACUCUCUCCGUAGUGCAGUCCAAAAAUCAGUCUCUGUAAUUUCAAACCCGUACGGAUUCGUCUCUCUCGCUCGCAUCGAGAUUAAGUGGUUCUACAACAAUGGUUGAUAGAGAGAAUUCGAGUCAGAUUCUUUGUUCCAAAGGGUUUAGUCAGAGAUUAAUGGAAGAUAGGAUAAGUCAGUUACCUGAUCCUUUGAUAUGUCACAUACUUUCUCAUCUUCUUCCAAAAGAAGCUGUUACCACAAGCGUUUUGUCCACCAGAUGGAGGAGUCUCUGGCUUUCGGUUCCUAGUUUGGAGUUGGUUUCCCGAGAUUUCUCUAAUUUCAAUGCCUUUGCGAGUUUGGGUGACAGGUUUUUCGAGUCCGAUAGGAUAUCAUGCCUAGACAAACUCAACUUAACUAUUGCUGGAACAGAUGCCUCUCAUAUCACAUCAUGGAUUGAUGCUGCAGUUAAGCGUAAGGUCCAACAUCUACGUUUUAAGUGUUUUUCAAGGUAUUGUGUUUGUCGGAUGCCCGUAAGCCUUUAUGUGUGUGAGACACUGGUAUCUUUAAAGCUCGAAUCUGUAAUCUUGGAUGAUGUCGAGUUUGUUUCCUUCCCUCGUCUGAAGACUCUGCAUUUACUUCGUGUUUUCCUUUCCAAACUUUCCAAGGAUGCCGCUUUUGAGAGAUUUAUUUCUUGCUGUCCUGUCUUGGAAGACUUAGAAAUUUCCGGAUGUUUGAAUGCUCCUCAACCCUUGCGGGUGCACUCUCGGUUGCUGAAAAGGCUCAUUAUUGGACAUGGUUAUUCUACUCAGUUUGAUUCUGUUCCAGGAGUGGUCAUUGAUGCUCCUCAAUUAUGCUUUUUGAGAAUCACUGAUCAUGUAUCAAAAAGCUUCAUAGUAAACAAUCUGGAGUACAACGCCAAGUUAGAAGUUGAUAUCACCUUUGGUUUAAGGGGUUCUGUCAAAGCAAUCUAUAUAUCGGGGGGAAGUCUGAUCCGUAGUUUUCUGUCAGGGAUCUUGAAGGUUGGGGAUUUGACGAUAGAUGAUGUCACUUGGAAGAUCAUUUAUAUCUAUUUCAUAUUUGAAUCGCUGCCUCAAUUUGGUUACAUGUCACGCCUCUGCGUUUCUCUCUUUGCACAUGAUUUGAAAGGGUUGGAACCAUUCCUUGAGAGCUGCCCGAAUCUGAAAUCCCUAGUCUUGAAGUUUCCUUAUAAAUAUGAUCCGGAGAAGAUGAAUCAAAUCAACUUUUCAUCUGUGCCCAAGUGUUUGCAAUCCUCUCUCGAGUUUGUCGAUCUCAAAUUCCCAGUCUCCGGACAUGUUGCAGAAAUGAAGCUAGUAAGGUACUUCUUAGAGAAUUCAGCUGCCCUCAAGAAGCUCACUCUACAUUUGUAUUCUAAUUCAACAGAAGAUGAAAUCUUGACGAAACUCUUGGAAAUCCCAAGAGCCUCUACCAAAUGUGAGGUUGUCAUUGUCAAAAAGUAGAGAGGAACGUAAGAGGUCUGUAUUUGACUGGUAAAUCUGUUUAUCUAAGCGUAGUCUUUCAUAUGUUCCUUAUCAUUUGGGUCUUAUGAGUAAAAUGGAAUGAGAUUAUUUAGGUACUUUGCUACAAGGAUAUCUCAGUUGUUCUUAGAAUCAACUGGUUUUUAUUUUAGUGAUUUUUUGUGUAAGGAAAGAAUAAAGCUGUGUGGGAUUAGGCGUAGCAGUUUCAUUAUUACCUGGUUUGGUGAUAUUUUGAUUGCGUAAUUCUUUUGCUUCA